AUGAAUGAUGCUCAAGUGGUCUGCAGACAAUUGGGCUGUGGGCCAGCUGUAAAUGCUCCACAGAGUGCCCAUUUCGGUCAAGGGAGUGGACCAAUUUUUCUGGAUGAUGUGGCAUGUUCAGGAAGUGAAAGCUAUCUAAGUGAUUGUCGGCAUCCAGGAUUUGGGACAGAAAACUGUGGACAUGGUGAGGAUGCUGGUGUGGUCUGCUCAGGUAAGAACACCAAUCUUAAUGUUAAUCAGCUAUUCUGUUUUUUCAUUGUCUGUGUAACUUGUAAGAAGAGCUGUCAGGAUUUAACAAAAAGGGCACUGCAACCCAGUAGCAUGCUUUGAAAAUGAAAAGAAAAGCUUGCCUCUUAGAUACUCAUUACCUGUGUGUUAACUAAUUGUAUGUUUAUGCUUGUCUGUGAGGCAACCUAGGCUCAGUGGUAGAGUUGGUCAUCGGGAAAUAAGAGGUUACAAAUUGUUGAAACUGUUCAUAGAGUUAAGCAAAAAAGGCAGAUAUGGCUGAAAGGGAACUAUGUAAUUUUUGGAUAAACUAAUUGAUUGUUUUAUCCAUUCAGUGUGUCCAGUACCAGUGGUGUUUUUGGCUGAUGCUGGGACUUUGCUGUUGCUGUUGCUAUUGCUGUUGCUGUUGCUGUUCAUGGUGUUCAUGGUGUUGAUGGUGGUCUGCAUAAUUUGCAAAAGGAGUAAGCAAGCCAAGCAGCCUGAAACCCUGGACCAAACCCAAUGUACUUACCACAAUAACAAUAUAAAAUACACAGCUCCCCCUGAGAUCUUUCAUAAAUACUAACAUAUUGUCCUUAUACUUCUGUUUUAGUGGCUGUGAGAGCGGUGAACUACGACAAAGUUGAAGAAGUUGAAGACUUGGAGUAUGAGAAUCUUGAUUUUAUCAAAACUGAGAAGAACUUCAAAACGGAAACAGAAGGUGGGGACGAAGACUGUGAAUAG